AGCAUAUAUUUAUUGAUAAGUUAGUUAUAUGUAGAUCGUGAAUAGUAUACAAAUUUUUAAAGUCUCAAAGCAAUGCCAAUUAAAUGUCGCUCCUCCCAGGCAAUCGGGCUGGGGGACUUCGAGGAGGAUCCCCGGAAGCGCGGCAUCUUACACAACACCAGCUGCCGAGCCUUUCGCGAGAGGCUACGCUCCACCCGGAAGUUUAAUUUAUUUCAAGGCCUAGCCAUUGUAACAGGCGGCGUAGCGCUGCUGGGAGUGCUAAUCGUCAUCGACAUGGACGUGGCAGCAGGCGACUCUAACGCUCCUGGGACAAUCAGCCAUAUGAAGGCACUGUUGGACAAAGUGAUAAAGUUACUGGCGGACGGGAUGAGCUUUGGCUUCUCAGCGACGGGCCAGUACUGCAAUCAGCCUCUCGACACGAAGCGUCUUUUUGAGCUGAUAAACAAACAGGUCCUCAACCAGGAGCAGGCGCUCGCCGGCAUGGAGCGCACCCUAAGCCGCGAUCACCAGUUCCAGUCGAUGGCGCUGCUCGGUCCGCCCGGUGUGGGCAAGACGCUGACGGUUUCGGCUCUCCGCCUCUACUUUCCCUGGCCGGAAAACGUUCAUGCCUUAUUCGGGAGCUUGUGCGCUCCGGAUGAGGAGCGCCACUGCCCAGUGCUACGGAAGUUCUUAGAACAGCUGUCCGACUGCGGCAGGAACCUGCUGAUCAUCGACAAUCUCGCCCCGUGCGAUCAUAGCAUUGUAUCCAUCUACAACCGGCAGAUCCUCAAUGGCUUGCAGAACAAAUCGGUUUUGGUGUUGUAUAUCUUUAAUCUGGAGGUGAAUGACUACUGGCUGCAGUUUGAGUUUCUGCAGAAGGAGCUUCCAGUGGAUACGGGGAUCGUAAGCUUUCGUCUCUUUGGACGCGACGAUCUGCGCGACUGUCUGCAGAACGAGUUAAAGCUGGGGAGUCGAGUGCUGGACGAGGACGAACAAUCGCGCAUCCUUGGCGAAGCAAUGUCCAGGGUUUGUUGCGCCGGAUGCAAGGGGCUCCGUGAAAUCGUCCUUCAGCAGGGCCGAUCAGAGACUGGCGAAACAGUCACCAUUUGAUUACAUGUCUAUCAAAAUUCAUUCCUACUUCCAAAUGAAUCAGAAUGUCACUAGUGUUGAAAAAAUUAUGUAAAUAUAUCCUGGAAUACUCGUAUUUGUGUCCGAACCAGUGUCCGCCAAAAAUUCGCAUUUCGCUUUUAAGCGAGGGACUUGCACCCUGAAGGAGGCCCUACAAAUCAGUCAUAUGAAUUUAUUAGCAAUUUAUUAUGAUUCGAAAUAUUGCCAAUGUUCCCCUUCGGUUUGGCUGGCUUUCGCUCAUUUGACAGCUUUUCCCGGUUCUUGCUUGACUGCCGCGAUGCUGGUUUCGGCCGAGUAGUCGUACUCCACUUCCCGCAUCCAGUUCUACUGCCACUUCCCUCUUCAUUAUAUAUGAAAACGAAAAUUCGCCAGCAAUGAGGUCUCAGCCAGAUCAAGGGAUCAAGAUCUCUACCACUGCCACUGAUACUAGUCUCUUUCAGGCCCUGCCACCGCCAGUGGCGCUUACUUGAAAUCGAUCAAAACAAGCCUUUUAAGACCCUGAGACCUUAGAUUCCGACCCAGUGGAGCUGAAGUUGUAGGAGCUGGAUUAUAUUUUAAUAUUCUAAAUCACAAAAAAACCCGCCGGGAGCAUUGAGUGCCAUUCAGGUAUUGGAAACACUCGGAGUCUUACCCAGUGAGAGGACAAGAGAGCAGAACAAUUUCACAGGAUUUCCGGAAUCGGUGCCAACAGUGGAAAAAGGCAGCCAAACUGUCCAGGUAUCGUCCACAUGCAGCUCUCUGGAGAAGCCUAUGGUUCUGGACAAACCAGAUUCUGCCUAAAGACAGGCAAAUGCGUUAAAAGUACAUUUUUAGUCAUAGAAAGCCUCAACAUCGGACCAUGAACUUAAACAACAAUUCGACAUGGAUCCAAAUAUGUAAUGAUUCUUCCAAAAACUAUCAAACCAUUGAAAAGCGAAU